AUGACAUUUCGUUUAUCCACAACAAUCUUCACAAUAAACCGUGCAAAAAUAGCUCAUUUCACAACAGCAAACGCAUAAUUCUGCCGCAAAAUGGGUGUAAAUGAUGCCGUGAACUAUGUCCUCUUCAACAAUCCCGUCUCCAGCACCGUGUGGUCCAUAGCAGCGCAAGGAGCCAGAGCUGCGGGACUGAAACCGAAAGCCGUAACGCAAACGGCGGCAACUCACACCAAAGCGGUGGUCGAACAGGCGCUGCCACCGAUGUGGAAGCUGCUGGGCCACAACCGGCACAUCGUGAGACUGGCUGGACUGAGUGGUGCGGCGGCAGUCAUUCUUGGGGCCUAUGGAGCUCACUACCAUUUCACGCCGAAGGACGAGGACAUACAGGAACGGGACCCGAAGCAGAUAUUUGAAAUGACCAAUCGGUAUCACUUCAUCCAUUCGUUGGCCCUUCUGGCUGCCCCCUUUGCACGACGUCCGUAUCUGACAACGGCACUAAUGGCUUCGGGAAUGUCGCUUUUCUGUGGCACAUGCUACUACGUGGCGUUCACCAACGAUCGCAGCGUGGUCCGGCUCACGCCGAUGGGUGGCUUCCUUUUGAUCUUUGGAUGGCUGUCUUUUAUUAUCUAAGCUUACUAACAACAGAGGGGAAAGCAAAGAGCAUUUUCAACGUGUUUCAUGAUCCACUUUAGUGUAUAGUCGCGUUUGAUGUAUGAAUUGAUAAAAUAAAGCGACGCUUACAGCACGAUUA